ACAGGGGAGAAACCUUUUGGAUGUUCUAAUUGUGGUGAAAGAUUUAUCCGUAGGGACUACCUGCAGCGCCAUUUGAACAGGUGCAAAGGGGAACCUCUUGACAGAGUGCUUUGUGACAGAUGUGGCGACGUAUUUUCGCAAGACGAACUCGAGAACCAUCAACUAACAUGUGUUGUCAAGUGUAAAUCACCUGCCCGUAGUCGAACUGAGUCCACUACUCGCAGUCCCCCAAAAGGGUUCUCCUGUGCUAAUUGCAGUGCCCGCUUCCUGCUGUUCUCACAGCUCCAGCAACACUUUCUCAACACGCAUAGAGACACUCCUGCAAAUCAGGCUUCACCUCUAGAGGAGCAGUUGUCUAGCAUGGUGAACAUAAAGAGGAGCCUAUGGAUGAAGGAUAUGGUGACACUUGGCAGAAUAGUGAUAACAAUCUCAUGCUUGAUCAAGACGGUGAUCCAAACGAUAUGAACAAACCCAUUAAAUGUCCACAGUGCAACUUGCACUUUGGAAAUAAGGGUGGAUUUUCCAGACACAUGCGUACACAUUUAGGAGAGUACCCAUUCAACUGCAAGAAAUGCAAUAAAGGCUUUUGGAACAAAAACUUAUGUCGGAAACAUGUAAGGAAAUGUAGACUUUUAAAGGUCACGAAGGAAGAAGUUAACACGGACUCUGUAAUUACUUCAGAGCUGGAUCCCACUCUUAAAGAGACUGUCCUAGUCUUCGACCAAGGUUACAAAACAACAGGCACUGGGGUUUUGCAGACUAAUUUCUCCUGCAAAGAUGACUUGAAGGAUUUAACACUGCAGAAUUCCUCUGGAAAUCAAGGCAAAGGAAGAUCUUCCCAUGAUAGAAGACAUAGUGGUCAACAAGUCCCAGGCAACAAGUACCAGUGCUCAGAGUGUGAUAGAAGUUUCACAGAUGGGCUUCUGCUCAUCAGCCAUUUAGAGGACCAUGGGCGGGAGGAGCUAGAAAGAAAAAAGAAAUUCUGCCAGCCUUGUGGUAAGACGUUUGCUAAUCCUUCAGACCUAGCAAGGCAUAUGAGAGGCCACUGGAAUGAGAAGAUCUUUUCUUGCCCACAAUGUCCACAGACUUUUCCCUGUCCUUCUGACCUUGACAUCCAUAGAACUUGUCAUGACUCAAAUAGACCAUUUGUCUGCAAAGAGUGUCAACAAAGGUUUUGGACUAGUCAAUCUUUAGAAAACCAUCAAAGCCAAGCUCAUUCAAAAGAACUAAUUCAUACAUGCCAUGUCUGUAACAAGAACUAUUCAAUCAGAAGUUCACUUGUUAAACAUAUUAGGAUGAAGCAUCAAACCCAGAAGAACAUGGAUGUUGUUAUCCACGUGAAGGAAAAGGAGACUGCAGUGCCAGAGAAAUUUGACAUGGACGUUGAUGUGGAUGGAGGAAGUAAUGCAAGUAAUGAUGAAGAUGAAAAUGAUGCUAAUGAAGACAAUGACUCUGACUCUGCUGACUACUUCCCCUGCCAUGUCUGUGGGAAAACGUUCACCACAUCAGAAAGCCUUGAGGAUCACCAACGCUGUCACCUCGGUGAAAAACCUCAUGAGUGUGCAGAAUGUGGCAAAUGUUUUUUCCAGGCAGGGCAACUGCAACAGCACCUUCGGAGCCACAAGUCUGAGUAUCAGUGUCAAAUAUGUGGCAGAGGCUUUGUCUCACUCUUUGCCUUACGCAAACACAAGCAUACUCAUGGAAAGAGCCGUCAACACCGUUGCUCCAAGUGCCCGCUCAGCUUCACAGGGCCCUCGCAGCUGGCAGAGCACAUGGGCACCCACCGUGAUGACAAUUUCCCUUGUGAUAUAUGUGAUCGCACAUUCUCCUGCAAGAUGAGUCGGGCAGAGCACCGGAAAAUCCACACUGAGACAGAGGAUGUUCCACCAGAGAGGACUGCAUCCCCCUCUCAUACAGCCUCUUCCUCUACAAUGAAACACCUUCAAUAUCGUUGUGGGGUUUGUAAUGAACGUUUCAAAGAACCAGAACAACUGUCUGAGCAUGGGUGCCUGGCUGCCAGAGAGCGACCUUAUUCAUGCCAUGAAUGUAAUAAGCAUUUCUUGCAAGCGUCUCACUUAAAUAAGCAUGAGCUCAGUCACUACCAAAUACCACAAUCAUACGUGUAUCGGUGCAAUCAAUGCCACAUGAGUUUCAACUACCGUCACAAUUUUGUCAGUCAUUUAAAUGAACACGGUGACGAUGAGGCUGCAGCAGAAGCUCUGAAAGGAGGCUCAGUGACAAAUGCUUGGGAAACUGUUUCAGAGAAGAGAACCAUUUACAAAUGCCCAAUUUGCCCUCACAGGUUUGCUCAUGCCAUAGAAUUGGCAAGUCACCUUUCAAUACACUCAGAGAACACAUUUGCUUGCAGUGUUUGCAAGUUGACAUUUCCCAACAAAAGCAAGCUUGAAGAACAUGAGCGGAGCCAUCUGACUGCUGCAACACAAUACGAGUGCACUGAGUGUGGUCAGAGCUUCUUGGGUAGUGAUUUCCCCCAGCACCACUGUGCACGUCGGCAACAUGCUGUUAUAGACCAUGAACGCCCACAUCUGUCUAAUAGACAGUCAAUGGAGGAAGAGCUGGAUGUUGGGGGGGACUUCUUUAAUUGUACUGUCUGCUUAAUGCGAUUCUCUUCUCGCGGUAGUCUCCAGCAGCAUCUAAACAAAGAGCAUCACAAUGAACGGCCAUUCAAGUGCCAGUCUUGUGGAAAGACCUUUGCUCUGAAGAGAUAUCUCAGAGACCAUGAGCGAAGACAACAUAAGUUUGGCACUGAACGAGCCCAUCCGACAUACAAAGCCACAGACAGUGAGAGCCAGUACAAGUGCUCAGUUUGCCCCAAAACAUUAACCUCGGCACACGACCUGUCAUUGCAUAUGAAAGUGCACACCGAACAGGAAUCUGGAGGAGACCACCGUUGUGACAUGUGCUACAAAUCAUUCAGUCGACUGUCUCUUCUCAGGCAGCAUCAAGAAAGUCAUGUUGGGCAAGUUGUAUAUGAAUGCACAGAGUGUGACAAAGCGUUUGCUUUCCCACAUCUUCUAGAGGAACAUCAAAUGUCUCAUGCUGCUGGACCAUAAGUAUUUUUCCCACCCUCAAAAACCUCCCACUUAACUAAAUGUAAAAAGACAAGUUGGACAAUGGACAUAGAAAAGACCUCCUGCCUCACUGAUUGAUUGUGUUCAAUUAUCCAAUGAACUCAGUCAUGUCAUAGAAGUUUUCUUUUUCUGGUGCUGUUUGCAGUCAACAAGCAAUUUUAUGUUCACACUUCCAUCUUAAUCGUUUAAAGUUUUUGAUUGGCUCACAAGAUGCUUAACUGUAUUUUUACCCCAUGUCUUCUCAAAUGUUUGGCCUACAACCUGGUUCAUGGAAAGGUUUAGAUUAUAUUUACAGAUUUCCUCCUAUUUUAACAUUUUAUAUCCGGUCAGAACUGCAGUUCAUUGAUACAAUUACCUUUCCAUAGAGCACUAAUUUGUAAUAACCUCCAUGUUCAAUUGUAUAUAGUUGUUUAAAUGUCUUAUGUGCCCUGAAUGCAAUUAUAUGUUUCAGUUCACAUUACACAAAGUGAAAUGUAAGCUUUUGACAAUGGAAUACAUUCCUGACUCUGAAGAAGUGGAAUGGGCUGUCAUUGACAGUUUUAGGAAUCCAUAUUGACCAGUUUCAAUUCUUUUUUUUUUGCUUGCUAAUCCAUUACUCUGCCUAACCUUCUAAACAUAUUAUCACUUAGACUUUAAUAAUGACGUGGGAUACUUUUAGCCAUGUAUGAUCCAUGUAGCUCUUAUAAACAUUUGAAAACUUUCCAAAUCUAAAACCACAGCGUUGUAUAUUAUGUAAAUAUUACAUGAUCGUAAACCAUUUAAGUAUUUGACAUGAAAUUGACCAUUGUUGUAAGCUAUUCAUUUUCCCUGUGUUAAACAUUCUAUCAUUCAUUCAAAUGCCUUAAAUAUGUGUUUUGGAUGUAGUAGUUCAAGGGCAACAUUUGUUGACAUUUUUUCCUUAUUGGGUGUUACUUUUGUAUGAAUGGUGUUUCAAUCAAAAGACAAACAAAAUAAACCAGUCAACUGGU